UGAGGCGCGCUCCCGCGAGCUGCGCGCAACAGUUGACAGUUCCUGAUGGAGCGCGCCAAAUAGGAAGACCAGCAGAGAGUCUCAGACCCGAGUCUGCCAAGACCACAACAACCCUCAUCCACAGUAUGCUGCCCGUCUCCCCCUCUCCGUGUGACUGAGCUGACCCUGGAGGAGGAGAGGAUCGAGUCCUGAAGGAGAGGAGAGCUGAAACAGACAUGGAGGCAGACAGUGUGAGCAUCUGGCCGCGCAUGGAGCCCUUCUUACUGGGUGCCUUGCAGGUGGCGCCCCCUUCCAAGCUCAGCCUGCACUAUCUGCGCAAGAUGGCGACGUACGUAAGAACACGGGACGGCUGUUUCCCCGUUUUGAGCUGGUCCAUGUGGAGACACAUCGCCUGCGGGAAACUCCAGCUCCCAGAAGACCUAGCGUGGCUCUACUUUGAGACCUUCGACCUUCUCAUUGGCCACACUCCAGAGGAGAGGCUGGAGUGGGCCGAGUGUCUCUCCCAGUGCUCCUCGAAGAGUGAGCUGGACCAGCAGAGGACCAAGCUCUCCGUGGACACUCUGCAGUUCCUCCUCUUCCUCUACAUCCAGCAGCUGAACCGUGUCUCUCUGCGCACCUCUCUGAUCGGAGAAGAGUGGCCCAGUCAUCGCACUCGCUCCCCGUCUCCGUCAGACCGGGAGGCCAAGACCAGCUCUCAGAACAAGAACUGGGACGACCAGGCUCAUCUGUCGUUUGUGCAAAGCCAUCUAGCUGAGAUCCUGGAGCUGCUGGUGGAGCCGGGGCAGCGGUCAGAGUCUGGACAGGCCCUCAGGGACUGCAAGAUCUCCCUGGAGGCCGUGCGGAGUCUAGGCCUGCUCCUUGAGGGCUCAGGGAGUCAGGGCCGAGCGGUUCACCCCGUCCACCGGCUUCUGACCAAAGGCCCGCUGCAGACACAAUCCGGCUACUCCACCCUCACCCGCUCCUUCCCCCUUCACAAGCUGCUCUCCGCUCUGCAGAACGGCCUCACGCUCAACCCGUUUGGGAUGACCGCCUGCCUGCGCUCGGGGAAGAAGCUGGCCUGGGCUCAACAAGUGGAGGGGGCGAUGAAGAGAGCCAAAAUAGCCAGAAACACCCACAUGGCUCCACCGGGCAGCAGGAUGGUGCUGAUGUCGCAGGUCUUCAAGCAGACUUUGGCUAAAACCUCCGACAAGCUGACGGGCGCCAACAUCAAGAUCCACAGAUGCUCGGACGCCUUCAUUUACCUGCUGUCGCCUCUCAGAUCAGUCAGCGUGGACAAGUGCAGAGACACCACCGUGGUUCUGGGUCCCGUUGAGACCAGCGUCCACAUCCACAGCUGCCAGAACGUGCGUCUGGUGUGUGUAGCCGGCAGAGUCAUCAUCGGAGCCUCCUCCGGUUGCACCGUCCACGCCUUGACACCAAACCGGCCUCUGCUCCUGCCGGGGAACACAGACAUUACCCUGGGGCCUUUCCACACCUUCUACCCGUCCCUGGAGGACCACAUGGCCAGCGUAGGGCUAGCUGUGGUCCCAAGCCUCUGGGACCAACCUCUACUUCUAGGAACCGAGGGGCUGAACUCUUCACCUCACCACGACUCGGCCUGCUACCGCCUGCUGCCCCCCGCCGACUUCCACGCUCUGGUUGUGCCUUUCAACACGGAGGGGGACACCUGCGAGGUCCCGGGGGGGCUGCCUCCGCCGUACCAGGCCGCCGUGGAGGAGAAGCAGAAGAGGAUCCAGAACUGGCAGAAGACCGUGAUGGAGGCGCGGCUGAACAAGGAGCAGAAGAAGAAGUUCCAGGAGCUGGUGGAGAUGAAGUUUCACGAGUGGCUGCUGGAGACGGGUCACAGACAGGAACUGGACAGCCUGAUCCCUCCCUCUCUGACCCCCCUGAGUGACUCUAACGGACCCACCACGGACCACAAACCCCUGAGGAACGGACGAGCGGUGGAACCGUCCCCUCUGGCCUGUUAACUGUCGUCUGUGUGUGUGUGUGUUGGUAGAUAACUCGCUGUCAUGCAGGUAAACAGAAGUGUUACUGUACAUAUUUUUAUUACUCACGCCUCAGUUUGGCACGUCGGCAUCUUCUGAGUCUAUCAUUACAGAGAAGGGAAGAAAAGGCAGCUAAGUCCUCCUCGGCAUACCUCGGCGAGGCGAGGAUCGGCAUGUUGCAGAACAACAUUAACACGCUGCUGUUUACAGAGGUGUGACCUUAAACACAACAACAGGCUCUGAGAGGGACGAGGACAAUGAGCUCUGACGGACAUACUGGUGCAGAGACGCUCUCAAAGCACUGAGGGGUGAAUGUUGGCCCUUUAUUUGCUCCGUGGGGAAAUAAGCAUCAAAGAGAGACUUUUUUUAGAGUCAGUCGCUCUUCUUGAAACGCCACCGAAUUUAUCCUGCAGUAAAGCUGGAGUUAAACUUCAAAACAACACAAAAUAGCACCAAAAACUUCAAAAAUGAGGCAGGGGUGGACGUGCAACUUCCAUUUCCUGCAUCCCGCCACAGUUUUUUGCACUGGGAGCGCCCACGACCUCAAUUUCAGAGCGCUUCGUGACAGUCGGGUUUUCAAAUCCUCUGUCUGCUUCAUAUUCGCUUUCAUUUAACGACAUUUCAUCAAGAAACUGUAAAAACUGUUGAUAGGAAUCGCUCUAAACUCGUUCCUCCGCCAUUGGUUUUGACAAAGCUGAUAUCAGAAGUCCCGCCCCUUCUUGAAUCUGAUUGGUCGGUGAUCAGGAAGUGACAUUGAAGAUGUAGCGGUGCGGUGUCCAGCUGAUUUGUGUCUCAGUGCUGUCAGUUGAAAACAGUUCAACUGGGUCAUCAAUGUCACUUCCUGAUUACCGACCAGUCAGAAUCAAGAAGGGGCGGGACUUCUGAUACCAGCUUUGUCAGCAACAAUGGUGGAAGUUGAAGUUUAGAGCUGCUGCUGAUGCUCUGACUCGAUCUCUGUUGAUAGUUUUUACACUUUCUUGUUGAAAUGCAGAGUAUGAAGCAAACAGAGCAUUUUAAAACCCACCGGUCACAAAGAGCUCUGCAGAAAAUGGAAGUUGCACAUCCACCGCCGCCUCAUUUGUUUCGUUUUUUAUGCUAUUGUGUGUUAGAAAAGUCUUAUUGUAAAGUUUCUUGAUGAGAUUUCGUUGAGUGAAAGCAUGUUUGGAGCAUGUAGAGCAUUUGAAACCUAACGGUCACUACUUAGGGAAGCAGAAGGGCCGAAAUGAAGGUCUGGGGCGCUCCCAGCAGACAUGGCCUUCUUGUGGACGUGGAGAAAAAGAAGUAGCAGCUGAUUCUAACUUGAAUAAAAAGUCUUCAGCCUGAACUUAAAGCUCCAUCUCUGCAGGGAUCUCUUCUGUGAAGCUGUCAGACACCAAAACAAGUCUUAAAGUCGUCGCUCGGGUCACAUUUCAGUCGUUAGAGGCCGGAGUAAGAAUGGUUUGAACCUGUCGGGCAUUAAUGAAACAUUCUUUGUCAUGUUUUGUGAAAUCACAGAUGUUUUCUUCUCUCCUGUAACGUUGGAAACUAGAGAAGCUUCCUCCCAAAGUGACUCUUAGAUUAUUCUCCCAAACUCUGCUGAGGAUUGUCAGUGAGGGGAAGUGAAAGCAGCACUUUGUAGAUGAACUAACACGUCCUUAACGUUGGUACCAGUCAGGUGUUUGUGUUUGUGUCACAUGUGAGAGGAGAAGCUGAAGCUUCCUGUAGGUACGUGAUCACGCCGUCCAAACUCCAUCGCUGCUCUCGCUGCUCUCAGGCGUUUCAGCAGGUUGUGUUUUCUGCCACAGCUCAGUUAUUGAUCUCACAGCGGGGGGGUUUUCUGCAGCUUUCAAAUGGAAAUAUUUGCUCUGCCAUGAUCAGAGUUCAGCCACGAGUCCGACCUGAGAGAGCAGAGAAAAGAGAACCGAUAAUAGACGUGCCAAAUGAGGCUUUGGUUUACCUCCUGGAUGUUGGAUGUGUGUAUUUUUGUAUGGACUCCCUCGUGUGUGUAUAUUUGUACAUGUUAGCCUCACAGUGAGAUUGUUGUCAUGAGUGGACCCCGCCUACAGAGCUGUGUUCAGCAUUUUAAACCUCUAAGUGUACUUCGGGCCUCUAACUCACUGUGGGACACGUCACAGGUCGGGUUCACACGUUUGAAGAAGAUGGAAUAAAUAUUCACUGUCAGAUUAUAAUCACAUAUUCAAACGUAUGUGUGUGUGUGAGUAUGUGUGUGUGUGUGUGAGUGUGUGUCAUCGUCUCAUUGAAUGUGACUUCACUGUAAAAUGCCUUUCUGCUGUCGUCCUUAUGAUCCGAACCAGAGCACCUCUGUACAGCUGCUAGAAGAAGAAAUAUAGAUGUAGAUUUUUAAUAAUAUAAAGAUGAAUAAAGUUUUGUAUAAAACC